AUGUUGCGUUCUCAGGUCGCAGUGCCCCGGCUGGUCGCUCGCCGUUUCUACUCUUCUAGCUCCAGGGCUGCUUCGCAGACACUGGCUAAUGCGUGCAGGCGCGCUUCUCUCGCACCUGCGGCCUUGAGCGCACCUCGCCUCUCCUUCCGCUACACGCCCGUCCGUGGCUAUGCAGAGGCGACCGGCAAGUUCGUCCGCACCAAGCCCCACAUGAACAUCGGCACUAUCGGCCACGUCGACCACGGAAAGACGACGCUGACGGCUGCUAUCACCAAGGUUCUCUCUUCCCAGGGUGGUGCAACCUUCACGGACUAUGCCAGCAUCGACAAGGCGCCCGAGGAGAAGGCCCGUGGUAUCACCAUCAACUCCGCACACGUCGAGUACGAGACCAACAACAGGCACUACGGUCACAUUGACUGUCCCGGACACGCCGACUACAUCAAGAACAUGAUUACUGGUGCAGCUCAGAUGGACGGCGGUAUCAUUGUCGUCUCCGCUACGGAUGGUCAAAUGCCCCAGACGCGCGAGCACUUGUUGCUCGCUCGCCAGGUUGGCAUGAAAAAGCUCGUCGUCUUCAUCAACAAGGUUGACCAGGUUUCCGACCCGGAGAUGCUCGAGCUCGUCGACAUGGAGAUGCGCGACCUGCUCUCGACCUACAACUUUGACGGCGACAACACCCCCAUCGUCAUGGGUUCUGCACUCGCUGCUCUUGAAGGCCGUGACCCGGAGAUUGGCGAGAAGAAGAUCCUCGAGCUUGUCGAGGCCUGCGACUCUUGGCUUGACGUUCCUCCGCGUGACCUCGACAAGCCGUUCCUCCUUCCCAUUGAGGACUCCUUCUCGAUCUCUGGUCGCGGCACAGUCGCGUCUGGUCGCGUGGAGCGUGGUAUUGCGAAGAAGGGCGAGGAGUGCGAGGUCAUCGGUCUUGGCGCCAACUUCAAGACUACCAUCACUGGCAUUGAGAUGUUCCACAAGGAGCUCGACCAGGGUGAGGCUGGUGACAACCUCGGUGCUCUCCUCCGCGGUGUCAAGCGCGAACAGCUCAAGCGUGGAAUGGUUGUCGCUGCUGUUGGCUCCAUUAAGCCGGUGACCAAAUUCGUCGCGCAGAUCUACGUCUUGACGAAAGACGAGGGUGGGCGUUACACGCCGUUCAUGGCCAACUACCGCCCGCAGCUCUUCAUCCGCACCGCUGACGUUACCACUGGUCUUAACUGGCCAGAGGGCACCGCGGACGCUGCGGACAAGAUGGUCAUGCCCGGUGAUAACGUUGAGAUGGUCUGUGAACUUGUUCACGACAUCGCCGCGGAGGUCGGUUCGCGCUUCACGCUCCGUGAGGGUGGCAAGACCGUCGGCACGGGUAUUAUCACGAAAGUUCUCGCAUGA